AUGGCACAGUACAAACCUAUUAUUUCUACUGAUACGACUGAUCUUCCUCUAGGAAGCCUAGAGCAGCAUAUACGGUUAGAAGAAAUAACUCCUCAGCUCUCCAAUCGCUAUGAAUCAUUACGGGAGGCUGAUUCUGUAUCACUACCUCGCGCCGAUACAGACUCAGAACCAGCUGUAUUGAAAAUCGCUCAUGAGCAGAAUGUUUUGGGAGAAUCGCAAUCACAAGGUCCAAUACCAUGGAACAAAUACUCAAAGCAUCGCUGGUGGCACAAGAUAGGACUACUAGGCCUUUUUACAGUCAUCACUGGUACCAUGGUCAUCCUGGCCUCAUGCGCCAUACUGGUGCUUCUUUGGAAAGGUGCGCAAACAGCCCGAGAUCGAGAAGAGCCACCCGAGUUUUGGAAUACCAUAGUCUUUCGCGACAUGGCUGCCAAGAUCAUUACCAUCUGCUCUGCCGCAAUACGUGUAUCGAUAGGCCUUCACAUUAGCCUUGUAGCCGCGGCUGUCGCUGCGCUUAUGCUCGAGACUACUGGCACCAGGUUUCGCGAUAUCGCGGCAGUUUCGAUCCAACGAGCAUCGGGUUCGAGUCCUUACACAAUCCUCCCUGCUUCAUUACGAGUUGCUGGACUCAGCGUAUUCGGUGUGCUGCACGCUUCGAUCAUUAUUCUAGGGACAAUUAUCCUAGUCGCUUCGACCUUUACAUCCACGAUACUGCUUACAGACUUGGAGAACGUCAAUAUCGCUGGACCUGUGAAGACAAAGCUUCUUCCAAUUGGGCUCGGACCGAAUACUACCUUGUCUGCGAAUGGUGUUCUCCACUACAGGUCCAGUCCCUCUGCAAACUGGCGAUUCGGCGAGAUGAAACCCGGCAAUGUUGCAGCGACUGCCGAGAUUGCCGAUACCGGGAAUACCUACCGUGCUCUUCUGCCCUACAUGAAGGAAGAGUCUAGAACAACUCUAGAGCACUACUCUGGGCCAGGGCUGGUGGGUAACUUCAGAACAGUCUGUUUCAGCCCUAACCUUGAAAGAAUUCGCUUCGGUCUUACUGCAAGCAGAUCGGGCCUUCAGGCAGAGCUCGAUAUCAGGUCGACGGAGAAUGGCCCGGGCUUUCUCAAGAAUUGGUCUGAUUCUAAAUUCACGUUUAACGCCCAGCUUCCAACAAAAUGGAACGAAAGCGAUAGAGCUAGCUUGCCACUCUCGCUCGCUAACAAUUACCAUGCUGGUCCCCGUGGAGAUCUGGGACUUAUUGAUCCCCUGUCGGGCCGGAACUUCACUUUCAUCCCCGUGUUGCUUCUCAAGUCCAGCCCAAUCCUGCUGCAUGGAUUUGGGCACCUGGACCUAGGUGGCGAGACUGAUGAGAGCGAAGCGAUAAAUAAGAUUGACCAACUGAAAAGAUUAAAGACAAACAUGGAAGGUCGUUGGACAACAGCUUCGCUGAAGAAUGGUACUGAAGUAUUCAGUGCAACGAUGUGUUUUGUCGCGGAAAACGCACCGGAGCUGUACGAAAUUACCAUGACUGGGAUGACAAUCCAAUCUGAGCCCACUGUCGAGUGGCAGAGGAAUGACAGUUCGAAGAGUAGUGAGCAAUUACAGAAACAGCUCGGCAUUGGAGUUUUCAAUAAAGACUACAAAGAUCGACAUGUUAUGCAGCUCAAAGUUGGAGUGCACAACUCGAAAUACUCAAAGUCAAUGACGGAGCCAAGAAACAUUGCUCUGAUACAAGCGCUGUUGGGCUACUCGCCCCAAGGAGGCUGGGCAAUGACUAACUACAAGGGUCUCUAUGAGGAGGAUUGGAUCGCUUGGUGGGCCGCACACGCUGUGCAUGUCUCUCUCAUCCAGGACAUCCUACGAGCGACGGGGGAUCCUGCAUUAGCAAUACAAGCUCUUGCCUUUAGGUUUCACUCCAUGAUCUUCUACGAUAGCAUGGCUGAGUUCGACCUGCGCAAGCAAGUCACCACCGUAAACUCAGUCGAGAUGCUCAUUCCAGUGCGAUGGACGGGGCUGGUGGUAGUUCUGAGCAUGGUCUUGGUUCACUUACUCCUACUUUGCAGUACGAUGGCCCUGUUUCAAUUCAAGACAAGGGCUUCUGAUCUAGGCAAUGCUUGGCAGGCUACCGCCCAGGUUGUGUCGGCUGAAACGCGUGCGGUCGUUGAGGAGGGGACUGCAGUGAGGGAUAAAGACGUUGAGGCUUGGGCUAGAGCGUCGGGUGUUUCUAGAAGGUCGUAUGCUGUAUCGAUGUCCGAUGUCGGGAGCAGAACGGAGAUUAUGGAUCAGAAGAUGUGA